AUACUCCCUCCUUUGCCAUAUCACGUACCCCUGGUUUCGGUUAUCCCCUGCGUGAGGGCAUUGAGGUUUCGCUGAAAUGUGAUGUUGACUCCAAUCCAACCAGUGCACCCAGAUGGCAAAAGGAUGAUGGCGAACCACCGGUCCCCCAAACCGGUGAUGGUUUCCUUAACUUCACAUCCAUACGUCGUGAGCACUCCGGCUGGUAUAAGUGUACAUCGCGCCAUCUUAACUAUCAGUACUCAUCGAUUGGUUACUAUCUAAGCGUAAGAUGUAAGUAUUAA